AUGGGCAAAAAACCCCACGUGGCUAUCAUUGGAGCCGGAUUUUCCGGACUGAGAUGUGCAGAUAUACUUGCGCAAAAUGGUGCUCAGGUAACCGUCUUCGAGGCAAGAAAUCGAACUGGGGGGAGGGUGCAUCAAAGCAAAAUUGAAGAUCACCUGGUCGAUCUAGGACCAAAUUGGAUCCAUGGCACUGGGAAAAACCCUAUUGUCGGCAUUGCAGCUUUGACAGAAACAACGAUUGAAGACUUUAAUGGCUACCAGAUGCUGUUCGCUCCAGAUAGGAAUCUCCUGGAUAGCGAGUUAGCCAUCAAGCUAUCCGAGGUUCUGUGGAACACGAUCGGCGAGGCCUUUAAGUAUAGCAAUGCUCAUAAAGAUACUAUUCCGCCUGAUCGAAGUCUGCUCGAUUUUUUCCGGGAGCGGAUUGAGAAGACAAGUCUCACGCCACUAGAGAAAGAGCUAUGUAUUGAGUUAAGUAGGUUAUGGGGGGCUUACGUCGGUGAUCCUAUAGAAAGACAGAGCCUGAAGUUUUUCUGUCUUGAGGAGUGCAUUGAUGGGAACAACUACUUCGUAGCAUCGACUUAUAGAGCUAUUCUGGAGCAUGUUUCCAAAGUAGCUAUUGAAAAGACUGAUGUUCGCCUAAAUCAACCCGUUGUCAAAAUUGACUCGAAACUACGUGACGGUUUGCGAACGCCUUGCGAAGUGGCCCUAACAACUGCAACCGGGGAAACUUUUCAAUUCGACGAAGUGGUGGUUACCUGCCCUUUGGGUUGGUUAAAGCGCAAUCAAGCUGCAUUCAAUCCAGAGCUGCCCCCACGGCUCACACAGGCGAUCAACAAUAUUAGCUAUGGUCGACUGGAGAAAGUUUAUGUUACAUUCCCGCAAGCAUUCUGGCAUACAGAACAAGAUUCUAAACCCACCUCGACCGAUGGAACACCGUCGGAAGAUAAUCCCACAUUUAUACAGUUCCUCGACCCAGUAUACACAGAGCACCCCGAAGGCAUCAUAUGGAAUCAAGAAUGUAUUUCGCUAGCAGCCCUGCCCACUCACUGUGCCCAGCCAACCCUGCUCUUCUAUACAUAUGGUCCCUGCGCUACUUACAUCGUGUUAAAAGUGAAGAAUCUUGACUCUUCAUCUGAGGAAUACUACAACUUCCUCGACGCCUUCCUCCAUCCCUUCUACUCCAGUCUCAGCGGGUAUUCGGAGACAUCGAAAGACUGCAAACCACUCGCCUUCCUGGCAACCCAGUGGCAGAAUGACCCGUACGCAGGCCAUGGGUCGUAUUGCAAUUUCCAGGUCGGUCUCGAAAGCGCCGAUCGAGACAUCGAGGUGUUGCGAGCUGGCGUUGGUGUGGACCGAGGAGUCUGGUUUGCGGGGGAGCAUACGGCGCCCUUUGUGGCAUUGGGGACCACGACCGGUGCGUACUGGAGUGGGGAGCGCGCGGCAGCUCAGAUCUGCGAGCUUUAUGGCCUGGGAAGAGACGGGUUAGGGCCCGAGAGGGACGAUUCUUUGCCCUCAGCGUCGGGGAAGAAGUCUGCUGUGUGA